AUGCGCAUAUUUUAUGCAGCCUGCAUCGUGCUCGGUGUGAAAUUUUUGCAUGACAAUAAGAUUGUCCAUAGAGAUUUGAAGCCUGAAAAUAUUUUGUUGGAUAAGAGAGGAUAUCCCAGAAUUACAGACUAUGGAAUUAGCACAACUGGUAUAGGCUUUGGGCAAAGAAUGUGUAACCAAUGCGGCACUCGCCCAUAUAUGGCCCCUGAACUAUUCACGGAACCUUAUUAUACCAGAUCGGUGGACUGGUGGGCCUUAGGUGUCAUCAUUUAUGAGAUGAUACUUAGAGAGUUGCCAUUUGAUGGAGACAAUGGUGAUGAGAUUCGUAUGAAGAUUAUUCGCAAAAGGCCAAAAUAUCCACUUACCCUGCCUGCGAAUGUCCGUGAUAUACUACAAGGACUGCUGAAUAAAAAUCCCGCACUGCGCCUGGGAUCGACUGUAGAAGGAGCGCACGCAAUUAUGGAACGACCAUUCUUCUUUGUAAGUGUUUGA